CUUUUUCAGGAACUUAUGAAGAUGAUGGGAAUGACAGACACAGUGUAUUGGAUAAGCACAUUUUUAAACUAUUUUAUUGUGGGUCUACUGACAGUUUUCAGCAUCACCAUAAUUUAUAAGUCUCCAUUGAAAACGGGAUUCGUCUUUUUAGCCAAUACAGAUUUCUUUCUCAUAUUUCUGAUACUCCUGCUUUAUAUAAUCAGUGUGAUACUUUUUUGCAUGACAUUCACAAUAUUCUUCAAUCGAGCUGUCUUCGCAAUUAUAGCAUUUAUAAUCUUAUGGGAUACAUCAUUUAAUUUAUUAAUGCAAAAGUAUUUCUUGAUGAAUAUACAAACAAAUUACUUUGAUUUGUCUCUGUCUGCUAAACUGGCGAUGUGCUUGCUUCCAACUGGCAGUUUACUAACUGUGUUUGGCAUGAUAUCUGUACAGAAACAAUGGGGGGAUGGUUUUAGUUGGUCCAAUAUUACAGAUUACGCAAUCAGUCCUGAUAUAAAUAUGGCAAUGGUUUUGGGAAUGAUGGUACUGUCGUGCUGUUUGUAUACUUUUAUGCUUUGGUAUUUUGACAAGGUUUGGCCAUGGCAACCUGGUGUUCCUCAGCCCUUUUAUUUUAUGUUUACAAAAAGUUACUGGUGUGGUGUGAAACCUGAAUUUGAUGAUUUAGACGCAAUGAAAGGGAAAGAUCAGGAUGAAGAAUAUUUUGAAGAGGAGCCUACUGGAAUUUCCCGGGGAGUGGAGAUUAGAAAUUUAUCUAAGGGAUUUCAAGUGAACUUUCAGACGAAGAUGGCAGUCAAAAAUUUGUCUCUAAAUAUAUACCAAGGACAAAUAACAGCUUUACUGGGACAUAAUGGGGCAGGAAAAACUACCACCAUCAACAUACUUACUGGUCUUUAUACCCCUUCUAGUGGUUCAGCAUCAAUUAACGGCGUGGAUAUUUUGUCUGAUACUCAUGGUGCUCGACGGGGGCUUGGUGUGUGCCCACAACACAAUGUUUUAUUUGACACUUUAACUGUAGAUGAACAUUUAAAAAUAUUUGCUGGGUUAAAAGGGGUGCCAUGGAGAAAUCUUGCGUCUGAAGCUCUUAAAGUCUUGGAAAUUUUGAAGUUUACCGAUAAAAGAUAUGAGUUGGUAAAAAAUCUCUCAGGUGGAAUGAAAAGGAAAUUGAGUCUUGGAAAUGCAAUUGUUGGUGGUUCAAAUGUUUUGUUUCUGGAUGAACCAACAUCAGGAAUGGACGUCGAAGCAAGACGCAGUGUUUGGGAUUCCUUGUUGAAUAUUAGACAAGAGCGUACAAUCAUACUGACCACACACUACAUGGAAGAGGCAGAUAUUUUAGGAGAUCGAAUAGCCAUCAUGGCCGAAGGAGAAGUACAGUGCUGUGGAUCACCCAUAUUUUUAAAGAAAAAGUUUGGAACUGGAUAUCAUUUACACAUGGUAAAAAAUCCCGAUUUUAAAGUGGAACAAAUCAAUGAUAUGUUGACAAGGUAUCUUCCAGAAAUAAAAGUAACAAAAGAACUGGAAAACGAAAUCACUUAUAACCUACCAUCCAAUUCUGGAGUUGUUUUGGGAGAAAUGUUCGAAGAACUGGAAAACGGUAAAGAGAAACUUGGUGUAAAUUCUUGUGGAAUUACUGUAACAACAAUGGAAGAUGUCUUUUUAAAAGUUUCAAAUAUGUCUGAUAUCAAAUACACCAAGAAAGGUGAAAGAAGUUUGCAAAAUGGAGUAUCUUUUGAAUAUGAAGAUGUAUAUGGAUCUGCUAGACAGCUAUCAAUGAACAAGAGCUUAACAAACCAAUUCUUUGCUCUUCUUGAAAAGCGUUUCCAUUACACAAAACGACACUGGAGCAUUUUAAUUAAUCAAUUGAUUGUACCCUUCUUAUUUAUUUGCUUUUGCUUCACUUCCAUAAAAGGCAUCCAAAAUCAAUUUAAUGAAAACUUUGAUCCCAUUAAACUGGAUGUUACCAGCGUUUAUGGUAAUACGGAUGGAUUCUACUAUUCCCACACAACCAAUUACACUGAUGUCGUGCACAAAGUUGACAGAGUACUGAAAGCAAACAAUGUGGAUGAUCCUGAGGUCAAAAACCCAACGCAUUAUGUACUUGAUACUGGAAAAUUAGAUUUAACAAGGUAUUUAAAAAAAAUGAUGGUAGGAGCAAGUGUGGACGAACUUUCGAACGGAACUCUAAAUUUAACAGCUUGGUACAAUGGUGAACCAUACCAUGCUCUUCCUAUGUCACUUCUGUUAGCGCACACUGCUCUUUUAAAACAAGUCAGUUCGGAUGAAGCAACUAUUUCGUUGACAAAUGCACCGUUGUCGAGAUACAGGGAUCAAAUUAAUACAGGAAAUUUUGGAAUGGAGGGUACAAUGGCAGGUGUCUUCAUUACAAUAGCAUUUGGUUUUGUGUCAGCAUGCGCUGUUUUGGUGCCCAUUCAUGAACGAACCACUAAAGCGCAGCUGCUGCAACUUAUGACUGGAAUACCAAAUGUGUUAUAUUGGCUGUCUAUGUUUUUGUGGGAUUUCAUAUUAGUCUUCAUUGUGUCGAUUAUUCUUAUUAUACCAUUUGCCAUAUUUUACAACUAUGUCUUUUUUGGGCAACAUUCUGAAGCUAUACAUUUUAGGUGUUGCCUUAUCAUCUAUUUUAUCUGCUGUAUACGGAAUCACGACAGGAUCAACACAAGAUAUUGUUGGCAUAUUUAUUUGGAUCGCUAGAAUAUUCCCAUUUUAUUCCUUAGCAUCUAGCAUCACCAAUUUGUUUAACAUUGCAUUCAAAAACGCAUUUUGUGAAGGAAUAUCACCAGAAGACCUUGAUUACAACUGCAACGCAGAUAACAUAGGGCCAGAAAACGCUUUAUUUAAAUGCUGCAAAAAAAUAUGCGGCAGUGAUUGCUUAAACCAAACUUCAUACCUAGUUUGGGACAGACAGGCAAUUGGACGGGAUGUAACGUUCCUAGUGAUCGAUGGCCUCCUAUAUUUCACACUCUUGUUGGUGAUACAAAAUAAUUUAUUCCAAAAAUUCUGGCGGCACAUCACAAUGAAUCUGAGGAGGAAAACGGCUGGUCAAGUAUUCCAGUCUGAUUCCAUCGAUGACAGUGGCGUUAUUGAGGAAGAAAAUCGAGUUCAUAAUCUGAUCAGCACUCAUGGUAGCAUUGGUACAGAAGCAUUGGUCACAAUGGAUCUUUCAAAAGUAUUUAGAAAUUUCUAUGCUGUUGAAAGAUUGAGUUUGGGAAUUCAUCAAGAAGAAUGUUUCGGUCUACUUGGUGUGAAUGGUGCGGGAAAAACUACCACAUUCAGGAUGUUGACGGGUGAUUGCAAUCCUACCAGUGGCAAUGCUCUAACUAUUCACACAUCUUUAUUGGCUGAUACGCAAAAGUUUCAAUCAUUCCUUGGGUAUUGUCCUCAAUUCGAUGCCUUGAUUGAUCGCUUAACUGGAAGAGAAACUUUAAUACUCUACGGUAGAUUGAGAGGACUUACAGGAGAAGCACUGACGGACACAGUUAAUAAACUCAUCAGAAUGACUGAUCUAUCAGAUCACGCAGAUAAACAAACCAGUUUUUACAGUGGUGGAAACAAAAGAAAACUUUCAGUUGGAAUCGCACUAAUUGGAUCACCACCUUUGAUUUUAUUGGAUGAGCCAACAGCCGGAGUAGACCCUGUUUCUCGAAGAAAAAUUUGGAACAUAUUAGCACAAGCUAGAAGUUUCACGAAAGCGGCAGUUAUACUCACAACACACAGUAUGGAAGAGAGUGAAGCUUUGUGCAGCAGGCUGGCAAUCAUGGUCAAUGGUCGAUUCCGAUGUCUAGGUUCGAUUCAGCAGCUGAAAGCGAAAUUCGGUCAGGGAUAUACAUUAAUAAUCAAAAUGCGAAAAGAAACCUCAGAGAAUCCUGAAAGUGUCUCUGCAAUCAAAGUAUUUAUUGGAAACAGAUUAAGAGGUGCUGAAUUAAAAGAUGAUCACCAAGGUAUGCUUCAAUAUCAUGUGACUGAUCCUAGCGUUCGACUGAGUCAACUUUUUAAACUUAUGGAAGAAAUGAAAUCACAAUUCAACUUAGAAGAUUACAUUAUUAGCGAUACUUCUUUAGAGCAAAUAUUUUUGACUUUUGCUCGAGCACAGAGAGUUGUAGAAUAACUUGCGACGGAUAAUAUUUUGUUAACUUAUAUGUAUAGUGUAUGAAAUCUUUUCAUGACCUAUUGUAAACGUUUUCAUCACUAUUAGUUUUUAAUUUCUUUGCUUUCUGGCUAAGUACGCAAAAAACAUAAAAACUGUAAUUGAUAUUACUUUGAUCACUCAUAAAGAAACUCAUAAUUUUUCAUCUAUGUAAUGGUAUUUUACAAUGCUUUCACCAUAUUUAAUAGAUAACUUUUCCGGUAAGUAUUAUUUGGAGCAUAGUGUAAACUAAGCCUCUGGAAACCAAAAUAACAGCUCUUUUUUUAAAAAAAAAAGUUUGUCCCACUUUAUUUCUUCGUAUUCGUGCAUGAGUUAUAACAGACAUAACUCAUCAUUAACUGAUGUAUCAGGAUUUGUUGUUAUUAUUUAUUGUAAUUAAAAUUGUUAUUGUAAAUAAAAUCAUCAAUAAGGCUUUGA